AAUCUCCAUACAACCUGUGGAGAGCAUGUCAGACGACCAACAUGUGUCCCCUGUUCUCACUCUAUAUAAAGGACAUGUAUAACAAUUGGAAGGAGGCGGGUUAUCCUAACCUACGCCACUCCAACCAGAGCUUUCCAAUCCCACGUGAUCGGAUCGAAUUUAGUUAGUUCCGACCACCCUUUUAAUCCUCAAUUAGCUUCCAGGUAACAACAUUCCUCCUUAUUUUUAAAUCAUAUUUUAAUAAGAUUAACUCUUGUAGAUUCGAAUACGUAUUAUUCAAUUAUAUUAAUAGAUUUCGGCCUAGUUAAGUCAAUGAUUUAAUUUUACCCUUUCUGAAUUUCCACAUGAAAUGUCUUGCCUCGUUAUUGUCUUUGUACUACUCGUCCCAAACUGACCCCAAUACAUUAACAUUGUCUGGAAGAACCCUAGUCAACGCUCAUUGUCAGUCACUUGGUCCUUAACCAGCUGGCCAAUUGGCCAUCCAAAAAGGUUAUCUCCAUCAGUACUUCUUCCCCAGUUCCCAGAGUAAAAUUAAAAUGCCAUGUUUUUUUUUUUUAUGCUUACUUUAGGCGUCUUUACUUAGCUUGUAACUAAAGAAGUGUAUUGUUGCAUUUUUUUGGUGGAGUGAUUUCUGUUGAGGCCAUGAGUGGUCCAAGGAGGGUACACACGACUCAGUCAAUGAUUUUCUGAUCCCUGGAGGUAAGAAUGAAAAUUUGGGCAGCUGUAUGGAAAGAGAUGACCUGACCAAAAACACUAGGCCCAGUCACAAUAAAAAGCAGCAGAUGGACGCCCUAGUGAUACUCUUCAAUACCAUCAAUGCGGUAGGUGAUGAAAACAAAGACUUCAAUGCUCAUAAGGGAGGGGCUUAAUUGUUAACAAGAACAAGAGAGAGAUUUUCACUGAAGGUGUUAGAAUGAAUUUUUUACUCAACCUAUACGGUCCAUGGAUUUCCAGAAAUGUGUGGUUUUCCUAUACCUUUCUAGUAUCAUCAUCCUGUUAUCAACAGCACAGCCUGAUCUCCGGUACUCACUAUGCGGAGCAAGUGAACAAAAUGUACACACAAAACAGCAUAUACCACACCAACCUUAACACAGUUCUUUCGUCCCUCUCGUCUAACCUCAACCAAUAUGGAUUCUCCUAUGUUUCCAUGGGCGAUAAUCCCGACAGGGUGAGCGCCACCGCGCUGUGCAGAGGUGACGUUGAGCAGGACAUAUGUCAUAGUUGCGUUGAGGAUGCAUGUGGGAAUACGGUGCAGUCGUGUCCCAAUCAGAAAGAGGCAUUCGGAGGGUACGAUGAGUGCAUGAUCCAUUACUCCAACGUUUCCACUCUGGGUUCCUGGUCAAGGCUUCCUGAGAUAUACAUGUGGAAUGUAGAGAAUUCCUCGAGCCCAGGCCAGUUUAUCCAAGAGUUACAAAAAUUGCUGGAGGGUCUACGAGACUGUGCUGCAAAUGGUUUCCCCUUACGCAAGUUUGCGGCGGGCAAUACAACUGGACCGGCCUUACAGACCAUAUAUGCAGCUGUGCAGUGCUCCCCUGACUUGUCUGCUCAAGAUUGCACUGAUUGCUUGGUUUCUGCUUUUCCUGAUUUCCCUAGAUGUGGCCCAUGCAGUGGCAAGAAAGGGGGGAGAGUUGUAAGGCCUAGCUGCAAUUUUCGUUUUGAGACUGAUGAACGCUUCUUCAAUGAUACUUGGAUUGGAUGUACACCACCACCAGGUAACAUUCUCUGUUUUUCCUAUUCAUAGGAAUCAUAGCUUUAAGAUGUUUUAUAUAUAUAGACCACAAUAUACAUUUAAGUCUGUACCAUACUAUCUGUUAGUAUCAAUCCAAUUAAAAGAUAAAGUGUUAAUCAUAUUGAGUUUUUAAUACUAAAGGAGGUUUUGAACUUCUGACUUCUUUUAAAAGAUGUGGGUAGGGGAUCACUUAUACCAAUCAAACUAAUUAAAAAGUAUUGGCAUCUAUGAUUCAUGAUGUCAGAGUUUAGUUUUGUUAAACGAUCUGCCCGCCCACUAUGUUGUUAGGGAGGUUUUUCUUUGAGUCAGAUUAUGAUCAGUGGUUUGAUACCCUCCUUUGUUUCUUGUUGAUGAUUCAAUGAAUUAAUAUCUCCUUCUUCUUAAAAAAAAAUAUCUUAAUAUAUUUUAGUUAAAAAAAGAAUUGCACAUCUCCACAAAUGAGUAUCAGUGUCUCACGGAAUACUUAUUCAUAUAAUUAAGGAAAAAUAAGUUCCUGAAAUAUACCUAAAGUAACGACUCAGUCCCUGAGUUAUAAUCGUAUUCGAGUUUAGUCCCUCAGUUAUCAACGAAGUGGCGCAUGUGGUCCCUGGCCAUUAAAUUUGACGGAAAAUUUUAAAAAUAUUUAAAAUUUGAGGGGUAAAAUAAGAAAUUUACAUUUUAUUCUCUUUAUUAUAUCAAAAUCACUUUCAUUGGUUUCUCUGUUUUUAUUUUUUGGAAUGUUCAUUGGUUUCUCUGUUUAAUCUGCAUACGGGUUUGGUGUUUAGUAGUUUGUAACAGCUUGAUUGUGUCCUGUUUUAUAGAUUGCAAUCAUUUUCUUGGUAAAUGAGAUGUAUUUAGCUCCACAGUAUGUAUUUAUGUAUCGGCCUUAGCUUGGAAGUUACAAGUGUAUUGUAGAAUUCGUCUUUUCAAAAGGAAGAACACAUGCAUAGAAGAAUAGCAUAAAUAAUAUACAUAAUGUAUUCCUAGAAAUAGAGUUUACUGGUGCACUGUAUUAAAUAAUAUAAAA